UGUGACUCUAUGCAAACAUCAAACUAAGAAUGGCAAAAAUGAGCUUCUCUUCCUACAUAUUAAUACUAACUUUUUCUUUGCUUUCUCAAGGUGUUUCGCCUUCAGCCUCCAAGUCAAUAAGAAAUUUAGAAGAUGACAUGGUAUUUAAAACGCUGAGGCUGGGGAAAGCCUUUCAGAAGGAAGAUACUGAAGAAAAAUCAAUUGUUGUUCCUUCCCUGGAGGAAUAUAAAAAUGAUGAGAGCAAUUUCAUGAAUGAUGAGGAAAACGAAAAUUCAAAGAAUGCAGGUUCGAAACACAAUUUCUUAAAUCAUGGUCUGCCACUGAAUCUGGCUAUAAAACCUUAUCUUGCACUAAAAGGAUCUUUAGCUUUUCCAGCUGAGAAUGAAGUUCAAAAUACUGAAUCAAUACAAGAAAAGAGAGAAACUGCGGAUGAAGAAAACUCAGCUAAAUUUCCUAUAGGAAGGAGAGAUUUUGACAGUGAGUAGUCUUUUUAAAAUUCAAUUCUUAUAUCUUAAUACCA